AGGUGCUUCCGCGGCGAAGAAUGGCUGUUUUGCAAUAGCAGCAGCGGCAAGCCCGGGAAAAAGUCAUGUCCGGGCGUGACUCCGGAUUGGAGGAAGCUGAAACGGCGUCUGGCUUCUCCGAUCUGAGCGACUCCGAAUUCCUGCAAAUCGAGGAGCCAGAGGCUGGGUAAGCAGGCGCCUCCUUCCCCCUGCAUUUUGCGUCUGACAACCUCCGCAUCCGCAGUUCCAAAACUACCACCCGCUUCCGCCGGGUCUCCACGAGGUUUGCUUGCGGGGUUAGUGUCAUCAUAGACUCAUAAAAUUGUAGGGUCUGAAGGCUCCCCGAGGAUCAUCUAGUCCAACCCCCUGGCAACGCAGGAACAUGCAGCCGUGCCAUACUGUGCUAUGUCUAACAUUACACAAGAAUCAGGUAGGUAGCCGUGUUGGUCUGACGCAGUUGAAAUAUAUAUAUAUAAAUUUUAAAAGCCCAGUAGCACCUUAGAGACCAACUAAGUUUGUUCUUGGUAUGAGCUUUCGUGUAUUCAGGUACAGUGGUACCUUGGGUUACAGACGCUUCAGGUUACAGACUCCGCUAACCCAGAAAUAUUACCUCAGAUUAAGAACUUUGCUUCAGAAUGAGAACAGAAAUCGUGCUCCAGUGGCGCGGCAGCAGUGGGAGGCCCCAUCAGCUAAAGUGGUGCUUCAAGUUAAGGACAGUUUCAGGUUAAGAACGGACCUCCAGAACGAAUUAAGUUCUUAACCCGAGGUACCACUGUAUCUGAAGAAGUGUGCAUGCACACGAAAGCUCAUACCAAUAGCAAAUUUAGUUGGCCUCUAAGGUGCUAGUGGACAUUUUUUUAUUUUUUAUAUAUAUUUCUACUGCCUCAGACCAACACGGCUACCUACCUGAAUCUAGAACCAUGGAAGGCACCGCAUUGAGCCGCAUGAAAUGGAAGUCCAUCGUAUCUAAAGAAGUGACCAUUACACAAGAACAAUUUGAUUUUACCCCACAGCUGAGGGUACUUUAUAACUCUUAGAAAGGUCUACGUUUGGUAAGGCAAGCUGAUACUUUUGCUUGCCGCAGCAAGACUAUCGGUUGAGUUUGGAAAUAGAUUUUUGGUGUAAAACUGCAUGGAGGUUGGGUGUUACUGAGAAGAUAACCCACAAUGUAAUGGUGCUGAAAGGAAAGAGAGAGAGAAACGAAUGCCUUUUAUGCCAUAAAGGGUCUAUUUGUUUUAUAUGCUAGUGAAAAGGAUUGACAAAAUAUGCUGUCAGACACAUCACUAAAACUUGGAUUUUGUGACCAUGCGUACUUACCUUAUCUGGAGAAGAUGACCUUGUUGUUGAUGGAUGCUUCCACACAAUGAUGGCAAAAUAACAUAGGAGGAGCUGAAUAUGAAUAUUAUAAAGACUUGCCUUGUUGCUGGAAGCUGGGGAAAAUCCAGGGUGGCAUAGUGGCUAGAGUUCUGGACCAAGGCCUUGGAAGACCAGGGUUCAAAUCCUCACUCAGCCACAAAGCUCAUGGGGUGACCUUGGGCCAGUCACCGCCCUCUCAACCAAAACUUCUUCACUGGGUUGUUGUGAGGGUAAAAUGGGAAGAAGUAUGUACACCGCCCUGAACUCCUCAGAGGAAAUGAAAUAAACAGAUAACGCUUGCAGGGGUGGGGACAGAUACAGUGGUACCUCGGGUUAAGAACUUAAUUCGUUCUGGAGGUCCGUUCUUAACCUGAAACUGUUCUUAACCUGAGGUACCACUUUAGCAAAUGGGGCCUCCUGCUGCCGCCGCACCGCUGGAGCACGAUUUCUGUUCUCAUCCUGAACCAAAGUUCUUAACCCGAGGUACUAUUUCUGGGUUAGCGGAGUCUGUAACCUGAAGCAUAUGUAACCUGAAGCGUAUGUAACCCGAGAUACCACUGUAUUAUUGAUUUCCUUAGAUAUAUUAAAAAAUAUAACUUGGCAAGUAAACAUAGUACAGUGGUACCUCAGGUUACAGACGCUUCAGAAAUUGUGCUCCGGCGGCACGGCGGCUGGAGGAGGCCCCAUUAAUGAAUUAAGUUCUUAACCCUAGGUACCACUGUAAUGACUUUUAAAAUAACCUUGUCUUUCAUUCAACCAGGGAUUCUGAAAAGCCAAGUUGUUCCCUUGGCCCUCCUACAGAAUCUGAGGGUGGUGAUGUGGCGAAAGGGAACGUACUUGAAACAGCGAAAAGAAAGCGAUCGCAUGUGCCGCUCGAAAUCUUCCACCUGCGUUACCUUUCGGUCACGGAUAUAUCCGCGCAGGUGUGGUGCGAACAGCAAAUGGUUUACAGGCGAGAGCGUCCAGACCUGACGCCUCCUGAAAAUAUUGUGCUGUUGAACACAGGAAAGAGCAUUCACCUCGCCAGAGGUAAGGGUGCUUUGCAAUCCAUCCCCUGCUUCUUCAAAACAUGUUUUUCUGCAGCACAAAGUUCUGAUUUAGUGGAUCAGGCCGAUGGCUCAUCUAGUCCAGCAUCCUGUUCUCACAGUGGCCGACCAGACGCUUGCGGAAAGCCUGCAGGCAGGACCCAAACAAAAUAUAAUUCUCCCCUUCUGCGGUUCCCAGCGAUUGGUGUUCAGGGGCAUAAUGCAUCUCACAGUGGAGGUCUUGUUGGCAUCCGUCUGUCUCGAGAGACAAUGGAGUACACCUCCAGGGGUGAAGUCAAACCUCACCCAGGUGACCUCCCCAGGGUGCAAGCCUGGGUGGUGUGUUAACUGGGUGUUAACUCUGGAAGUGUACGCUUGAUUCUGAACGAAGACCACAAUACACAUCAAGAGGCUUAGUUUGGUCAGAAUUGAGUGUACGUUUCCAGAGUUAACGCUAAAUACACUACUUCUGGUGAAUGAGCCACUAGAGGGCUGUGGAAAUGUGUGGCCUGGGCUUUUUAGACUCGUCUCCCCAUGUCCUGUCUGAAACCAAAGGGGGGCAUUGUUUGCCACAGGUGAAUUCUUUUUAGCUCUCCUACCCCACUAGUAAGGAGUCCGGUGUAGUGAAAAAAGAUGGAGGUUGAUGGGGCAGUACCCCACUUUCCCACAUGGACCAGCAUCCACUGGGCUCAUCUUUCUCUUCUGCUGUCCUUGUUUUCAACACAGAGCUGGAAGACCAUGACCUGGUGACAGUCAGCACCACAAGUCGAGAAGAUUCCUGGGCGAUAAAAGUGCUGAAUCUUCUGGGAAUGCUUUCGGUGCUGCAGGAAGGUAUGGGGGUUUUCCUUGAGUCAAUGAGCCUCCCAUAUUACUCUGGGGCUAUACUAGAUAUAGAUAUGCUGACACUGAUAUUGAUGUUGUAUCUUUGGUUUUGGGUCUUGUGAUUUAUAUGGAGAUUGUUUCCUUUUUUUAAUAAUCUUUAUUAAUUUAAAUUACAUACAAAGAAUUUACAAUCUCAUACCACAAAAAGAAAAUUAAAGAAAAAACAAUUAAAAAAGAAGAAAAUACAGAAAAAAGAAAGAAGAAAAUGCAGAUUUACAUGCCUAAAAAAACUUAAUCUUCCUAAUUAAUUUAAGUAAACUCUUAAAUAAAAAAGACUUCUGACAAAACGAGUCUUCCAAUCAUUCUCAUUGUACUGUAUUAAUGCUGUAUUGUUUUUAACACUUGAUUGGAAGCCGCCCAGAGUGGCUGGGGAAACUCAGCCAGAUGGGCGGGGUAUAAAUCAUAAAUUAUUAUUACUGUUUAUACUGUCGUUUUUUCCCGCACAGUUUUAUAUUCUUUAAUAUUGUUCCCGUCUACUCCACAAACGGUAUUUGUCUUGUUUACAAGUAUCACUCAAGUCCUGCUAAUAUGGUAUGGUUGGUACAAUAUGAUCUUAUAUAGUCCUUAAAUUCUCCAUUCUCCAAAUAUAUGGAGAUUGUUUCCAUUUGGUUGUGUACUUUUUGAUGAGUUUUAUUUAUUGUUUAUGACGUUAUGUUUGCAGUUGUAUAAAUCUUGUCAUGUUGUGAGCCGCCUCGGGCAUGGGGAUUUCGACUAUGGAGAGGCGGCCUACAAAUAAAAUGAUGAUGAUCUAAUAUAUUGCAUCCUCUUUCACUGCAGGUCACCGUGUGCGAGAAUUUCCAGUGUUUGGAGUGCUGGAAAACAUCUUUGUGGUUGGCGUCAUUGAUCAGCUGGGUUAUACACCCAAAGGAGAGCUGGAACUGAAUGAGCUGAAGACCCGAAACAAUGCCUCCAUGCCCUCAGCAGCACAGAAAAAGCGAGAUCGUUUUCAGGUGAGCCAACGAGCCGCUGGCUGCAGGAGGCAUCUGCCUAGCUUGCGAGUUGCCAAGCCAGGUGCAGCUGUGCCAUGUGACUGCCCGUGGCAGAGCUCCUGCUUUGCACACAGGACAUCCCAGGUUCAAUUCAUGAGGAAGAGUGUUGGCUGGCACUCGUUAGGACUGGUUGGGUGGAAGGAAAGGAGCCCAACAGUAGGUGGCGCCAGAGCCAACUGAUGCCAGUUUUGUUGAGUUCUACAAGGGCAACACAGAGACGGAGGAGGAAGGUGAUAGGCAGGGCCACCUCUGUACUGGUUAUUAGUGAGAAGGCAGGCAGGUGGGGGCUGGCUGAGUGCAAGCUGAGGUUUGCGGGGCAGUGCCCCAUUUGGCCAGUGGGCUGGCCUCCAGUACAGUGGUACCUCGGGUUAAGAACUUAAUUCAUUCCGCAGGUCCGUUCUUAACCGAAAACUGUUCUUAACCUGAGGUACCACUUUAGCUAAUGGGGCCUCCCGCUGCCGCCACACCACCACCGCCCGAUUUCUGUUCUCAUCCUGAAGCAAAGUUCUUAACCUGAGGUACUAUUUCUGGGUUAGCGGAGGCUGUAACCUGAAGCGUCUGUAACCUGAGGUACCACUGUUCUGGGAAAGAUCAUUUCUGAGACCCUGGGGAGCUGCCACCAGUCAGGAUAGUUCAGGACACAUCUACACCAUACAGUGCUACCUCGGGUUAAGUACUUAAUUCGUUCCGGAGGUCCGUUCUUAACCUGAAACUGUUCUUAACCUGAGGUACCACUUUAGCUAAUGGGGCUUCCCGCUGCCGCCAUGCAGCCACUGCACAAUUUCUAUUCUCAUCCUGAAGCAAAGUUCUUAACCCGAGGUACUAUUUCUGGGUUAGCGGAUUCUGUAACCUGAAGCAUAUGUAACCCGAUGUACCACUGUACAUUUAAAAGCACUAUGAUACCCCUUUCAACAAAUAUGGCUUCCCCCAGAGAAUUCUGGGAGCUGUAGUUUGUUUAGAGUGCUGAGAGUUAGCCCAUAGAUUGUAGAGCUGAGGAUCAUCUAGUCCUAUCCCCUGCAAAGCAGGGAUAUGCAGCUGUCCCAUACGGGGAUUGAACCUGCCACCUUGGCGUUAUUGGCACCACGCUCUAACCUGCUGAGCUAUCCACUUGCUAGGAAGCUCCUAUCCCCCUCGCAGAACUUGCAGAGUGGUUUGAUAGCCAAUCCCUUUUCACAGGGAACUCUGAAACGAUUUUCUAUUGCUAUACACUGCUUUGCUGUUUUGUGAGAGGCCGGUGCAGGCAAAUGCUUUUGUAAAUAACGCACCCGAAUUAAGUGAGUAGGCUGUCGGGUGUCUGUUGUCUUACCAUAUGCAUCGUUGGUAUUAUUUCCAGGUCUUUCUGUAUAAGUAUCUCUUUGACGCCAUGGUGCGAGGGUGCCUGACGCCGGACAGUUUCCUCCAGCGACUCCACCUGAGGCCCGAGCAGCCACUUGGCCCCCACGUCCAGGAUCAGGCCCGGAAGUCGGGUUUCACGGUGAGCCACUUCCGGGACCUCCUGGAUCUGCUCUCCCUCAACCUGACACACUGUGAGAUCCCCGCCAUCGACCGUUUGCAAAUUGAGUACGUCCACCAGGAUUCCGGCGCCGCACUUGGCACGGAGGUCUUGGCCUAUGACCAGGAUGAGGUUGGAGCCGCAGUGCGGUAUUUCUUGGCCUACUGGAAAGGGCAGCGGGACUCCCGAGGGGUGGAUGUCGAGGACGCCUGGAAGUGCCGCUAUUGUGCCUACGCCGGCAUUUGCGAAUGGAGGAUGGGGAAAGCCGGCAGCCCAGCAGAGCAGUGGAAAAAGCCCAAGUAACGUUGGUAUGACCCAACCUUUGGGGACAAAAGACUAGGCCGCAGUCUCCAGAGAUCCACAGGACCAUCCCUUUGUGCGAAUCAGGGUUUCCCAAACUUGGGUCUCCAGCUGUUUUUGGACUACAACUCCCAUCAUCCCUAGCUAUUGAGACCAGCAGUCAGGGUUGAUGGGAAUUGUAGCCCAAAAACAGCUGGAGGUUCAAGUUUGGGAUACCCUGGUCUUGGUGGUACAAGGUUUUCCACCUUCACAGUUUUGCUUCACCAGUUCGAAGGGAAGGAAGCAUCUUUUUUCCCACCACCAUGACUGCUACUGCCCCCAGCCAGAUGUUUUAAUAGCCUGCACUGGUCUGGGUCAGGGCUGAGGGAAACCUGUGGCCUUCCAGAUGUUUUGGACACUGGUUUCCAUCAGCCCCAGGCAGCAUGGACACUGGUUAGGGGUGAACUGAGCUGUAGGCCAUCACCUCUGGAUAAUGAUAAUAUUGUUAUUGGACCAAUCUCUGAUCCAGCCCAAAGCUUUACAUAUCCCAAGCUUAUAAAUGAUAUUAGACUACAACUCCCACAAUCCCUCACUCAUUGGCUGGGGCCCAACAUCAGCCUCCUGUACAGGGUCAUUGGGAAUUUUUGGGAUUCAAAACAGGUCCCCAGUUCUUCUACAUCAGCUUCCAAAAAGCUCUUCCUUCUAUUCAGCAGCAGCCAGCUGUGGUGGUUGACGUGCCUUAAUGCAGGAAGAAGAAGAAAGGGGAAAGACAGUGUCUCAGAAGCAAUAAGGUUUUAAUGGCCUGGCAUGCUCUAAAAAUGUCUUCCCCCGGAAGGACUUCCUUGUGCAACAUGACAUCCUCCACCAGGAAAACAGAACAAGGCAGCCUGCACCACUCUGGUGCAAUGGGACAGCUGUAGUCCAACACAUCUGGAGGGGACCAGGUUGGCAAAGGUUGGACUGAGGUCUCAGGGUGCCCCUGUGGCAGCCAUGUUCAGAAGGUCAUCUUUAUUCCCAUGCUCCUCUAAGACACCCAUCUCCCUCUUUCACCCCUUUUCUGGUUAUUGGUGCAUUCCAUUUUCUUUCCACUGCUUGUCAGUGCAUUCAUAAGCCAGACCACCGUGUCGAGAAAAGAGGGGAAUCUGUACUUGCGGCUGUUCCAAAGGACAUUGUGUGUGUGUGUGUGUGUGUGUGUGUGUGUGUGUGUGUAUUCAGCCUUUCUGGCUUAGAUGCGUUGAUACAAAUGCUCUGUUUUUAAAAAUAAUUUAAACCCUGCUUUUCCAGUGAAAUGAAACAAUUAUACAAUCAAUUCCCCUGGAGAGCAGUUGGUCUUGGAAAUGGUAUGGAAAAUUUCCCACCCUGUUCGGAACCAAUGCUUGCAGCAAGGAUUCUCGAUGGGGCAGAUUUCUGUCUCAAAUGCGCCUGUUCUCUGCAAAUGUGAUUCUGGGCUGCAGCCAAUACUACUCCUGGUAGACCUAUUGAAAAGUAUAGGCAUGAUGAACUUGGGCCAAUUCGUUUUAAAGGGUCUGCUGUAAGUAAAAUUUAGUUGGCUACAGCACUUUGUGUUGGCUAGGCUUCUGCAGAAGCCUGGUUAGGAUUUCCAGAAGGAGCCCUGAGCAACUACAUUUCAUGGUGCGAGAGCAAACUUUGUCUUGUAUUUACACUGAAGGGAAAAGAGAGAAUCACUGCAGGUCGAUGCCUGAAAAUGACCUGAUUGCGCUGAAUUUGUAAAUGGAAUUUUCUCUGCAGAAUUCAGUUCCUCCCCAUGUUUGAGCUGAACCUUGAUUGUUUACAUGCAAACUGGUGCUCUGUAACCUUUCUCAUAUUGAUCCAGUACAUAUUUCUUGGAUAUUUAUAUAUCUGUUUACUUAUAUGUGCAUAUAUCUAUAGUAUUCAUAUAACUGAUAAUGUAGCAUUUUUCCUUUAGGUUCUCCCCCCCCCCCCCCAAAAAAAAACCACUUUUAUGCUAUCAAGAACACUUUUCUAAUUUCUUUUAAAAAAUGCUAUACUGGGAAUAAAAUUUGAUUAUUAUUUUUUCCAGUCGUUGAUGACUCGUCCCUCACUCUCUCUCAACAAAGCUGAUAUCUUAACAGUAUUCAGUGGCUCAGAGAGUUUUCUGAAGAGGUCCCUUUUGUUGGGUUUUCAGCUGUUCCCCC